AUGUCUAGACACUAUCGUCAUCGCCACACUCGUCUAGUAUGGACAACCUCCAUGCAAUCCCACAUAACACUUAUUGACCUCCCCAUCCAACCCACAUCAGCAGCAACACCUACACCUGUGACGCCCGCGGCACCAGUACUCAGACCAACGCAUACACAUGGGGGCAACACCUUUGGAGCCGAUAACUUGGCCGCUAAUCUACGGCCUAUACAAUUGCGCAACAACACGCAUGGUACAAGAGCCACCCGCUCACAAACUUUACCCCCAGAAAUUAUUGCAUCAUCAUCAUCAUCCGCCGCUGCCGCUGCUGCUGCUAUUGCUGCUGCUGCUAAUACAAAUGCUGCUGCUGGUAGUGGUUUGAGGGAGGAUACAGGCACACAGAAUGUGGACUCCACAAGCGAAACUAAAUCAUCAGUGGGCUUUGUGCGUCGGAUAAAAGAUUCGUUGAAAAAACAGCUACGCACAUUAGGACAUUCCGUCCUUUAUCUUCCAGAGAACUCAAGAGCUUCACCUUACCAUUCAGUUUACUUGAACUAG